AUGGCAGACCAAGACCUCCUCCUCUUCGCCCGCGAAUCCGCCUCCCGCUCCGACGACCUCUACGCCCUCCUCUCCCUCGACGCCACAGCCACCGACCAGGACGUCCGCCGCGCCUUUCGCAAAAAAGCCCUAACCGCGCACCCCGACAAGGCGGGCGACAACUACGACCCCGCGUUGUACGAGCGGCUGGAGCGCACGAGAGAUGUCCUCCUCAACCCUGAGGCCAAAGAAGUCUACAACAAUGGGAUGAAAGCCGUUCUUGAAAAGAAACGACAGAGGGAGCAGAUGGGCGCGAAGAGGAGGCAGUUGGUUGAGGAGCUAGAACGUAGGGAGGAGGAGGCGAAACGGCAGAAGACGGAUGGGGAGGGAGAUGGCGGGAGGGACAAGGUUAGGGAUAUGGCUGCGCGGGGGAGGCGGAAGAUGGAGGAGUUGAGACGGAAGAGGGAGGAAGCCGAGGAGCGGGAGAGGGCUGUUAGGGAGAGGGACGAGGCGGAACAACAACAGCAAAAGCAGGAGAAGGCGGAGGAAAAGGAUUAUGAUGGGGAGAUUGCCGAGCUGGAGAGGAGACUGGCCGAGAAGCAGAGGUUAAAGGCGGAGAAGAAAAAGGCCAAGAGGAAGGAGGAGACCAAGAAUGAGGACCAGGCAACAUCAUCAUCACUCCCUUCUGACACCAUCAGGAAAGAAAAGGAUAUGGCUGACCGUGGUGAAAAGGUCUCGGCUGCGACGACGACGACAACCACGACAAAUGCGAAUAGUGAUGCUGGGGCGACGGGGCAGCCGGGGCACAAGUUUGCUUCUACUAUGGCGAGACUGAGGGCUGCACAGGCGAAGAAGGAUGAGGAGAAGAGAAGGAGAGAGGAGGAGGAGGCGAAGGCAGCCGCUGCUUCGUAG